GAUCUCCAUAUCUUUAUAUCAAUCCAUGAGCUUUUUCAUCUUGCUUUUCCCCCUUGUCCCGUCGGGGAGGGGAGUGAUGGUGCAGUGAGGUGGGCAUCCAGCGGCUGGCCAUGGUCAACCCAGCACAGCAGCAGACAUUCAUUUUUGCUGCCCUCAGUACCAUUGGUCCCAAAACCGCUUGGCACAACCCCUGUGUCAUGGCUGUAGUGAAAGCCAGGUGAUUGUUGCUCUGAAAAAGAGCAGGACAGUAGUUGCUUCUGUUAAAGUUUUCAACCUCACUUGGUUCCUUGAUGCCUCUGCCAUCCAUAGAGGUCUCCUGGGUUAUCGCUUGUUGAAGGUGGAUGUGGUAGCAAGGUAGAAACAGAGGUUUAUUUCCCUGAAUGCAAGGCUGAGCCUUGCCUUGUCCGUGAGCUGUCCAGGGCAGUAGCUGCUGCACAGUCUUUGUUGUAGUGGAAAUAGUGAGUUUAAUGGUUUUGUUUGGGUUUGGUUUGUUUGGUUUUGUUGUUGUUGUUCGUGGGUUUUAUAGAUACGGCAACUGUUCACAGAGCAGUAAGAGUGAAAGGGACAAGAGCAGGAGUGAGCUUCAUGCCUUUGUGCCGGAGUGCUGCAGUGUGACUGCCUGUCUCCUCCCUCAGCUCGGGUCUUGUGAAGAAAACAAUCUGAAGAUAAUGCAUCUGUGACCCCUGAUACCAGCUUGUGAGGCAGGGCGAUGGAAGUUGUAGAGGGCCACCGGCAUACUGGUCCCGUGGUAACUCCAAAUGGAUAUGCCAACAAGGUUUUCCAAGCAAACAUGGAGCAAGGGAGUACUGAUGCCUUGGAGGUUUGUGGUGCUGAGCACUGCGCCUCCAAUGAUACCAUCCCAAAUGAACAGCAGGAGGCACCCAGGUAUAAGAAGACAACCAAGGGCAACCGGAUCUGGAAUUUCUUUAGACGAAGGAAAGGACUCUCUACAAAUAAAGAAAGACCCCAGUCUAUGAUCCUGCUGGGAGUUACCUCUGAGGUCUUAGAGUUGAAGAAACCAUCUUUCAUGGACAGGGUAAGGCCAUCAAAAAAGGGAAGAGGCUCCAGAAUGUCUAAGAAUGUGGAUUUGAGAGCAUCUGGAGUCCAGGCUGCUUGUGACCCUGAGGAGGACCAUCCUGCCAGUGGGCAGAGAGCUGUCUACAGGGUUAAGAAGCUGAAUGACAGUCGGAGGCCUUCCCGCCACUCUUACGCGGGGUACAUUGAUGAUCUGGACUCUUCUUUUGAAGACAUAGAGCUGAAUAUCAGCGCUCCUGAAAUUGAUGGCAAUGAAAGUAAAUGUCUCAGGGAUAUUAAUGUCAGGUUACACAGUGAAGAUAAUGAUAGUAACUGCCAUAGAAUACCAGCUAGAAAGAGUGAGUCUUUGAAUUGUGAAAACUUUCAGAGCCCUGCAAUUACAGAAGGGGACAAUCAAAAGAGUGGUACUGCGCUCCCCCAGGAGGGCAGAAAAGGAGGAAGCUCAGAUGUCUGGAGCUAUCUGAAAAGAAUUUCAUUAACUAGCAAAGAUAAUUCAAAGCUUCCAGAUCAAAGGGCUGAAACCAGUUUCCAGAACAUAGAAAAUAUAACUGAUCAUUCUACAUCUUAUUGUGACUUUGAUACGAGAUGUGAGGAGAAUCUCAGCCAGAGGAAAAAGUCAAACAGUGCAACCAAAGCCACUCACUUUGGUGGUGUUGUGAGGUUCUUAACCAGCAUGGCUGAGGCAGCUCAGAGGCUGCGAGGCUCCUCAAGGGCAUUUUCACCUGAUGAAAAAAGGCCUCAGCGGAGUUUCCGAGGCUGGAGGCAGGACGUUGCCCCCCACAAAGAGGUUUUGGUUAUUGAGAAUGAGAGCUCAAGGGCCUUCUGCACAGUGGGAGCGUGUCUGCAGUCCCCAGACUCAGGCACAUGGGAUAAUCUGAGCUUUGAGAGUUUAGCGGGGAAGGAGCCAGCGCAGCAUUGCAAAACCACAGAAGUGUUGAAAGACAUUGGAUCCUCUGCUCUGGGCAGCGAGAAUGACAGAUUUAAUGAAACAUCACUUUGUCCCUUUGGGCCAGGGAUCUGA